GGUUAUUAAGAUGCACAUAAAAGAAUAUUAAAAUCUGUCUGUAUUACGAAGGUGGUCUAUAAAUGCACGAGAUUUCAUGUCUCUUUGGCAAGCAAGCAAGUCAGUCGGAGAAGAAGAAUUUGUAGCGAAGAGCCAGGGAGCGACGUUGGACUUUGUAUGUAACAGUGUACCUUAGAUCAUUAUAUUUUUCUGUACUGCUGCGGAAUUGGUACUGAAUUGUCGGUAGCAACAGAGCUGCACAAACUGUUGGAGACUGACACAAAAACAACAGUCAAAUACUUAUAAACAGCCAGAAAUUGAAGCUAGUUAUACAAACGCGUUUAUUUUCAAGAAACGGCGUUUCGUGGUGAAUAUACGAUUUAACGUUGAAAUAUCUUUGUGGUAUUAAGUGAGCUGAUUUGCAACGUUUAGCUAUUAAAGGCGUAUCUAUACCCCCAAUGUAUUUUUGUUGACAUUUGCAACGACCUGUGUCUGAGCAAGAACGAAAAUAUGAAUCAGAUCAGUUCUCUUUUCGAAUGUUUAUUGUGUAUACUAGUAUACUACGUAUAAGGCGUGAAUUAAAGAACCGUUCAAGCGUUUAGCGUGUCAAUAGUCAUGAUCUAGAUUUAUCGACUUUGCUUGUCAGGAGCCAGUUGAAUGAAGGCCGGAUAACGCUAUUCACUGAAUAGUGAAUGGCGAUCUUUUUCAAUAUUUCUAAACGUACUGAAAUGCUCGAAGUUGAACAGUUUGGUAGCCAUGGGUAUGGACCUACAAUUACUAAAAAUUCUUUAAUUUAUAAAUACUAUAGCUAAAGUUUAAUCUACAGGGUGUCUAAAAAAAGGGACUUUAGAAAUUCACCUUAUUGUUACAGUGAAGCGGUUUAAGCGAGUUAACAAGGGAAAUUUUGCCGAGUCAUCACAACCACUAAUAUAUAUUUAUUUUCCCAAAAUUGUUAGCGAGCGUGGUGGUGGUGGUGGUGGGGGGGGGGGGUAUUUUGUGUCUAACUACAGUUAAUGUUCCAAUUUUCGCUAAUGUUUUCGUAAAUUUCUCCACAUUUCUUAAUUUUUAAUCGGUGUCACUCAAAUAUUUUAAAUUUUUUCUUCCUAUCCAAAUCAUGUUUAUUUUUUGCCAAUUACUGGGAUUGAUUAUUUCGCAGACUAUAUUCCCCGAUAAUCACCGAGCCUGAGGCGAAUAAUUGUUUUAGUAUUUUUGCACAAGUUUUUUUUGUGUUUUUCUGGUCUGAAUUCAUUCAGUUAAUUUCGCUUAUUUCUUUAUCACUAACUACCAGGGGCGGACUAGUAACAUUCCGGGCCUCGGUCAGGAAUAAAAUCCGGGCCCAUGUGCAAGCUAGUGUACAAAUAUAUAGUUUUUUAAAAUAUUAUUUUCUUUGCUUAAAAUAAUAUGUGAAUUGAAUUAUAAGUCGCUGAGGUCAUCAUCAUUUCCUGGUAACAAGCCUAGUUUCAGUUGAUGGUAGUUUCGGAAGCAAAGAUAGGUCAGAGCUUUUAUUUUAAGGAGACCGUGUCUACUGGUGGUGAUAUCAAAGAUUCGAAUAUAUGUGAAUGCCAUAGCGCUAUCACAUUUUCAAACUUUAAAAUAUUUUGCCCCAAGCACUUAGCUUUGUAUCGAAUACUACAUUUGAAAUUUGGUGUUUCAUUGACGUGUUGUAGAAUCAUCAACAAAUUUUAAAAUAGUUCUUUUGUGUCGUCAUUGAAACUGCCAAACAUUUUUUUCAAGGCUCUAGCUUGGCCGGACCACCUGGUUUGGCAAAACCUCGCUAAUUUUCGAAGCUAUAUGCAUGGCUGGUAUUAUUAUCUUCCAUCUGCUUUUCCCACACAUUCAUGUUCAUGUAAGAUUCUUUGAAGAGAUUUGCCAUUUGAUUAAGCUAGUAGCGCGAACAGGCAGCUUGGACGGAAACGGUGAGUGCAUCACCAAUGACCAAAUUGACGACGUGCGCAUAACACCAGGUAUAGACAUGGUUUGGACGGACUUGUUUAAAGACCUAAUGGUAAGUAUAGGUUAUUUUGAGGCAACGAGGGGAUAUGUGAUUUAUUCACCGAGGCGCCCAGCGCCGAGGUGAAUAAACACAUAUCCCCGAGGUGCCUCAAAAUAACGUACUUAUUUUUCACAUUGCGAGGUCGCGUUAAUAAGUCAGAAUAGAAAUAAUUCUUAAUGCCAUAUUGCCUUCGUUAUGUCGUUUUUCUCAUUUUUUGUGCUGCAAAGACAUUUCAGGUGAAUAUUAGAGGGGAUUAUUAAUUGCAGGUGAAUAUUAGAGGGGAUUAUUAAACGGAAAUUGAUUAGAGGAGAAUAUUGAAUAUAUUCCCCGACAAGAACAAAGGAAACCGAGCAGGGUGAAAAAUAAGCCAUUGUAGACACCACUCUUAUUCGCUGCUCCGUCGAAUGAAUCUCCAAUGCACAUAUCUAGUUAAACUCCUACUUCUUCUAAAGACUUCUCAAAUAAAUUGUGGAGACUUUGGGUUUUUUGAGUAGGACACAUUUACAAAACGCAAUAGCUUUUCUCUCGUUUCGUCCUCUUUCUUCUCGUUUCGUCCUCUUCUAAAUUUAUCGUGGUUGGAAACAUCUGUAGUAGAAUCCAUCUGUACACAAAAUAAGCAAGCGUCAUUUACAUCUUUGGCAAUUCUCUCCUUUUACAUCUCUGCGAUCAAUUUGAAAAUCUUUACAACACUUGUUUUGCUGAGAAAAGUUACAAAAUUGGCCCCACCGUUCCUUUUAGGAUCGCGUUUCUGUGCCAACUUGAUUACGUUAUUUAAAUGAGCUUGCAGGAUUGGAUAGAACUCAGCAAUAAGUUUCACAGCCCCGAGAAAAUCGCCAUGGUUUACAAUAGCUUUUGCAGCUGUACUGUCAUCAAAAGCAGUUGCUAUAGAUUCUGAAUGUUUACUUCAAAAGGGCAGAGUCUGAAGUGCUAUUAAGAAUAUAACACUGAUUUCUGCCAGGUGACUUCUUGGAUAAUGGUUUGUUGUCAUUCGAAAUCUAGUAAAUUCCGGGCCCCCAAAGUUCCCCGGGCCUCCGUCCGCGCCCGAAUGCCCGACCGCCCAGUCCGCCACUGCUAACUUCAACAAAACGGCUAGCCGCCAUUUUGAAAAUUUCGAUUUUGUUAUAUUCACCUGCAGGUGAAUAUAACAGAUUAAUACGUCAAAUUUGACUAAUCACCUUAUAGGAUUUGUCAUGUUCACUUGUGCAAAAAUACUCAAAAAUAUAAUACAAAAAAUAUAAAAAUAUACAGGAAACUAAGACAAUUACUACAAAAAAUAAUCAAAACAAAACACAUGUGGAAAUAAGAUAAGAAAUAAAAGUAAGAAAUAGAUAAAUGCUGUCAAUGUCUGCUAUAGACAGGCAAGGACAGUGGAAUUAAACAUAGGAAAAGCGUUUAUUAAUACCAGAGGGGUGAACAGUGCCAAGUUUGGAUAUGAGGCGCAUUUCAUGUCGUUUUCGGCUAUCGUACGUUGCUUCCAGAAAUGGGACAGAGGGCUCGAAUUACCAUAUCUGAAACACUGUGAUUGCCAUUAUUAAAAUGUCUGGCAACAGGUUGGUUAGCAUCAAUCAUCAUUGCCAAUAACUGCAAUGUACGCCGAUGCUCACCAAACCUUAAUUGUCCUUAAACAUCUUCCUGUUUCCCCAAUGUAAAGCAUGCCAUAUCUGCUGCAAGAGAUGCAGUAGAUGAGAUGGGAGGAGGCGCAUAUGAAAUGAUGCUUGAUGUGAUAUUCAGAUUUAGGUACCGAAACAAUAGUGGUGGAAUCUAGUAAAUCACAGGUUUUACAUUUCGACGACAAGCAAGGGAAUUAAAGUGCCUUUCUGUGACGCCGAAGCCUGUGCUAUGUAGCUAUGGACUAGGGUUUCACGGAUAUUUUUGCUGUGUUGAAAAGAGACUAAGGGGUUAUCGGAGAAAAUGGAAGAAUUGUUUCAGGGUCAUUUUUCAAAAUAUGGAAAUUCUUGUUGGUGACAUCUCUGACUUUGAUAUUGAAAGGAUGAUAAUUUAAUACUAGAGGGCGGAUUUUGAUGUUGCCUGUAACAUUAGACACAGGGUCUGUGAGGGUGUCAGUACGGGGAAUAUGGGAGGCCUUCGAAAAGGCUGUGUCUAAUAGAGAGGUAGGAUAGCCACGUUGCACAAAAAGUGUCUCAUCUCCAGACUUUUGACCUGAAAGUCUUCGUCUUCGCUGCAGAUGCGGCGAUGACGACGGAACUGAGAGAAGGUAAUCGACCUUUUGGUGUGGUUGGGGUGGGAAGAGGAACAUAGAAGAUAGCUAUGGGAAUCAGUGGGCUUGUAGAACACAGAAGUAACUAGUUAGGCAGCGUUUACACUGUACCGUUUUCGUAGCGUUCUCGUAUUGUUCGAGAGAACUAGACUAUUGUCUUGCGUUCCCUUGAGGAUUAAGAACAAUACGAGAACGCUACGAAAACGGUAUAGUGUAAACGCUGCCUUAGUUACCAUUGAUUGAUACAAGUAUAUCUAUAAGAAUGAUACACUGGUCUCACUGAUCUCCCAUGUGAACUGGAGUGCUGGAUGGAAAUUAUUAACAAAGUUAAUAAAGCGUUCCAAUUUGACACGAGAACAUGAUGCUGUGCCAAGACAGUCAUGUAUGUACCUACCAAGGUAAUCAGGGAUGGGAUCAGUGCACUGUUCAAAGAUUUGCUUUUCCACAAAACCAACAAACAAAUUAGCAUAGUUGGGUCCCAUUUUGGUUCCCAUGGCUACACUAUUUAUCUGUUGGUUAUGCUCACCAUCAAAGGAAAAAUUGUUGAGGGUAUGUAAGCACCAACUCAGCCAAUCGGAUCAAAGCAGAAGUGGCCGGUUCCUGGUUAGGGCGUUUAUUGAGUUUGUCUAGAAAGAAUUUGAGAGGCCUUAAACCAUCAUAUGAUGCGGAUCGAAUUACAAUAUAUAAGGAUUUGACGUCCAUGCUGAAAAUGAAUUUUUGAGUGCCAUGAAAAUGAAUUUGUGAGUGCCAUGAAAAUGAAUGUUCUGGAGAAUUUGGAGAGGAUGAUUGGUAUCCUUGAUAUAGGAUGGUAAGUCCUUAACCAAGGGUGUCAUGACAUGAUGGAGAAAACUGGAGAUGAGUUCGGUGGGAAAACCACAAGCAGAGACAAUAGGUCUACCUGAUUGUUAGGUUUGUGAAUUUUGGGCAAGAAGUACAUGACAGGUGUGCGAGGUGUGAUGUGUAUGAGGUUUUGGCAGUCUCAGCCAGGGAGAUCACCAGUGGUGAUAAAGUUAUGAAUGGUCUGAGUGAUGGUGGUUUGAUGAAUGGAAGUCAAAUCCUUGUCAACCUGAUGACUGCAUGGGGGGUGGGCGGUGUUCCACUCCCCCCUUUAACGCUGCCCCUGCGUGGGUUCAGCUGACAUAGUGCCAUGCAGGCAUUCAAAUUAUAAGUAACAAUAGGUUAAUUUCUAAAGUUCUCCUAUUUUUGUAGGUUAAACCAAUUCAAAGGACAAUUACAGUAUAAGAAGCUUGAACAGAUAAUUACCGGCUCCCGGGCUUCUGUGACUACAACCUAUGCAAAAUCACACAUGAAUUAUUUCGAAACGCCAGUGUUCUAUUCCUCAAUUGGUAUCCGUGAUAUACAGCUUAUAUAUAGCCUGCAGUCAAAAUUAUCUUUUUUGAAAUGGAAAUUGCAGAGCAAUCGCUCCGAGCAAUUUUAGUGAGGAAUGAGCGUUCAGCAGGGUUUAUGAUGUUAUAACAGAAGGAACAUUUGCUUUCGAAAUACGGAGCUAAUUUCGAGAUUCUUGCCUGGACAAUAAUGACUGAUUAUAUUACUUACUUUUUUCCGCUUUUGACAUCAUUUGAAAGUGAAAAGGUCAAAAUAGGUCUAUAUACAGGUAAGGCCUGUUUUAUACGUCAAAUUUCGGUCGCGUCGUUUCGGUCAGCUUAAUGAGGUUUAUCAUCUCAUUAUCUAUUGUUUUAUUUACAUUCGACGCGACCAAAAUUCGACGUAUAAAACAGACCGGCUAAAAAAUGUGAGCGCUUCAGAAAUCACCCUUUUGUUGUAAUUUAAUAAACACCCAAACGUCAUUACCUCUGUGCUCUGGGAGUUUAGAUUAAUGCAUUGUAAUCGUACGAGCAUAUUAAAACUGCGUAAAUUGUACAUGAAAGUUCUAAUUGAAAGUUAAAACGACAUAGAAAUUAGUUGCGUCAAUUUGAUUAAGAAUGGUUCAACUGACUCAGAUCAAAUUAGAGUUUUUACUGUUUUACGCGCUGCGUUAAAUUAAUCAGCACAUAACCAUAUAUUCAUAUAUUGAACGUUAACGAUACCAAAUGUUGAACUUUUAAAUAACUGCAUAUUCGAUUCAAUUGUGUUUAGCCACCAAUGGGUCCAGCAUUGGACUCACGCAUUCGCAAAUUUAACAACAAGGUGAAUUUCUAAGGGUCACUUUUUCUUAGCGAAGUUGUUUGAAAAUGUACUCACUUUUGCAGUGAACAAUUUGAGCACGAUUUCUAAACAGGCGGAGGGAGAUUUUUACUUUAUUAUUAGCAUAUUCUUGUUAUCUUUUUAUCAUUUGUUUCAUUAUUUUCAUUACUCAUACACAAAUUCUUGGGCAUGAGCUAGUUUCUUUUUCAGCCUAUUUGUCUCUGCAGGAUUUUUGCAGAUAUGCAGUCAUUUGUCUUUGUAUGAUUUCAAUAGAAAAAGCUUUGCAAAUAAAUUAUACCUACCAUCCUGGAUAAAACAUCUGCGACAUCUAAUUAUUUGACCAAGAUCUGUAAUAUUAUCGCAAAUUUAGAAAAACCUCACCCUUAUACCCACCGUUCAAUGUUGAUUGCAUUCUCAGAAUGCGCCGGUAAAAGCAAUCGACAAUGGAGAAAUCUACUAGUAAAGGAAAACACAGAGGAAUGUUUGAAUGGAGUGUCACUGACUCGCUAUAGCUGAUGGUUUUGACCAAGGUUGUAGCUUGUUAAUUAAUUAUUUUAUUUUAUAGAAAGCACCACGAUAAUUAAUUUCAAACAAUUUACAUCAUUCGGCGCUCGCCUCGGUUUCUUUCUAAACCACUGGUGACCCCUAUAUAUAUAUAUAUAUAUAUAUAUAUAUAUAUAUAUAUAUAUAUAUAUAUAUAUAUAUAUAUAUAUAUAUAUAUAUAUAUAUAUAUAUAUAUAUAUAUAUAUAUAUAUAUAUAUAUAUAUAUAUAUAUAUAUAUAUAGAUAUAUAUAUAUAUAUAUAUAUAGAUCUGCUAAUUCUGAGGAACCUAGCCCAGAUCUUCAUCAGUGCAAAUAAAGUUGAAGAUCCGGGUUCUCCGAUCGAAUUUAAAGCUUUUCGAAAUUAAUAGACGAGGUGUUUUGAACAAAGCAAAACAAAUUAUGUUUUCUGCUCCCUUUCUUAGGUCAUUCGAAGAGUGAUGAUUUUGGAAGUUGUUAGUUUGAUUGUGAUAAUAUCAUUAAUAUGGUUCCUGAAGACCAGCUAUGAAAGACGAGGCAUGCCUCCAGGCCCAUUUCCGCUUCCUCUCAUUGGCAAUCUUCAUUUGAUAUUGCAUGAUGAUAUGCCUUUUUCAGCCGAGAAAUUUCGUGAGAAAUAUGGCGACAUAUUUACGAUUGCUCUGCCAACAGAAAACAUCGUGAUGAUAAAUGAUACUGCGACUGCACGCGAGGCUCUGCUCACACAAAAAGAUAUUUUUCAUGGACGUAUACCCGAUGUUGUUUAUCCCCUUAACGAGAUAUUAGAAGGAAAAGAUGUCAUGGCCAUUGAUUUGAAUCCUGAGUACCGACUUCGCCGUAAAGCAAUGAACAUGGCGCUGCAUAUAUUUGGAGAGGGGAAGAAGGCUGCGAAUGAAAAUAUAAAUGACCAACUUGACGAGUUCUUCAUGGCAAUAGAAAAGCUGGAUGGCCAGCCAUUUUAUCCUCCAGAGAUUCUCGAACGUUCUAUUGCCUCCCAUCUCUGGCGUUGGGUAACGUGUAAAACAGAUAACAUUAGUGAUGGUACUGCGGAUAAAUUGCUUGAUUUUAACCGAACGUUUUUUGGACUCGUCUAUUCCGGUCCUUUGUAUCGACUCGUUCCUAUUCUGAAGUAUUUUCCCACAAAACACGUAUUGACAGUGGAGUAUGUAAAAAGGAGACUACACGAACUUUUUGUAACCGAAACAAUCGAGCACGAGAAGACCUAUCAAGAAGGAAAAGACCGGGAUAUCAUGGAUUCUCUAUUAGCAUUUUGCAUCAAACUGGGACUGAAAACCGAUUGCGUCAGUUUCCUAUCAGCAGAUAUCAUCCUGGCUGGAGCAGAUACGACAGGGACGUUUUUCGUUUGGUUUUUGUUAUACAUGAUACUUAACCAAGAUUUGCAAAGAAAGCUUCAAGCAGAAGUCGAUACAGUCCUGCAAGACGAUGAGAUACUCCAAUGGAACGAUUUUAAUAAGCUUCCAUAUUUACAAGCGACAGCAUGUGAAAUUAUGCGACAUUCAUAUUUCGUUCCGCUGUCCCUUCCUCACAACCCGAUGCAAGAAACUCAUCUACAAGGCUUUCGUAUUCCAAAAGGAACAACCGUUUUCUUCAAUUACCAUUGUAUUCACAGAGAUGAGAGAGUGUGGCAGAAUCCUUCGGAGUUUAAUCCUGACAGAUUCCUUGAUGAGAGUGGAAAAUUUGUUGGUUGGCGUGUGAAGCCUGGAUUCAUGCCGUUUGGAAUUGGUACUAGGUCAUGUCCAGGUGAAGUUUUAUUGCGGGCACAGAUUCUGAUCUUUACAUCCGGGAUGCUGAAGAGAUACACAUUUGAGGUUAAUAAAGACGAACCGCUGCCCACCUUGGAGCGUGGUGCAGCUGCAGGAAAAUUCCAACCGAAGCCGUACAAAGUGAUUGCUCGGAAACGUAAAUAAAUUAAACUUUGCAUUUCCAUUGACCGUAUAUAUAUGUCUGCAUUUGAAUUAUUGAACAAGAUUUGAUUAAUAGAAUACAACGGAUUUGCAUUGAUUGAACAAAAUUUGACAGUAAAUAGUUUAUUACAUUACUCAUUUUCGUUUUUGCCCAGAAAUUAAAAAUAAUUGCACGUAUUUCAAUGUGCAUAUAGUUUACGGACAACUGGACGGAAUAAUACGAUUUAAAUUAACGGACUUUUUUUUGUUUGUUCUUGUUACCAAUUAUAUGAUAAUUAAAUUUAACCUAUUCGCAUGCAAUUCAUUUAGUUCAUUGUGUGCACAUCGUGUGAGUUUCUGGAG